AUGAAUAAACUAAACUCAAUCUUUCAAGCAUUGGAAGCACAAAACUACAAGAAUGCAGUCAAGUUGUGUACGACUGCACUCACUAAAAAGGAUAAUAAUCCUUUGAUUCACGUGCUUCGUGCUAUUGCCAAUCUCAAACUAGGCAACACUCAAGAAGCUAUCAAGGAAUGUGACUCUGUCGCUUUCCUAGGUCACAUUGAAGAGAAUGUAAUCAACAAUAUUAACUAUUUCUAUAGAACUGUUGGACAACUUGAAAAGAUGUGUAAAGUAUGGGAAGCAUCACAUUUGAAAUAUCCAAAGGAAUCAUCAUUUGCUCAAGGUGUGUUCUUGUCCUAUGUAAAGGUUAGAGAUGUGAAACAACAACAACAGACCGUUGUGACAUUGACAAAGAAUUUCCCACAAGAACAUAAACAUAGUUUUUGGUAUUUGGUUACAUUGAUGUCGAUUGUCUAUUCUAAUCCAUCGUCGGCCAUCACCAUCCAAUUGGCAUACAAGUUGGCAGAAAAGUUACAAAACGAAGGCAAGUUCAAGUCGAGUGAGGAAUUGUUCAUCUAUGAAAGCAUCCUAAAGUAUCAAAACAAAUACGAAGAAUACUUGACCGUCAUGCAAGGUAAAUUGGGUCAACUUUACAACGUACCAACUGAAAGAUUAAAGAUUAUUGGUUCUAUUCAAUCAACCCUUUCCAAACAUUUAGAAGCUUCUGAAACUUUUAAAGAAAUUAUUACAAAAUAUGAAAAGGAUGAAUGGUCAUGUUAUAUGGGAUAUUUUGAUUCAUUGGAAAAGAUACAAGAAUCUGGUACUGAAUUGGAUUAUGAAAAGACUAUGGAAUGGGUAAAAGAGAUGCAAUCAAGUUUGAAUGAUAAACCAAUUCGUGCACCAUUUAUUGCAGAGUUGGAGGUUGCACUUCGUACAAAACGAUCGAAACAAGAAAUGUUGGAAUUGAUCAAGGGUUACUUUAAGCGAUUUGGAAGCAAGCCAGUAUACUUUUACGAUGUUAAAAAGUAUAUUCAAUCAUUGAUCAAUCUUGAAAAGGAUGCAUUGACUGAACAAGAAAAGAUUGAUUUGAUUGAAUCACUUUUAAAGUUGACAUCUGAAGAUACUGCUGCUGCAGUUCGUAUCUCUCAACUAUCAAAUGUCUAUCGUAUCCAAAGAUUGGUCGGACUACAAAGAUUAGAUUCUUUAAAGGACGAAAAAAAUAUUGACAAACUUGUCAAUGAUUGGUUGGAAGAGUAUGAACUCAACCGUAGAGCAGUUGGAAAUGCACAGAGUUCUGAACGUUACCCAGGUGACGACUUGGUCUUGUUGGCUGCCAACGUGUUGAGCGACCGUGGACAACUUUUACGCGCUGCAAUGGUGCUAGAGUACGGUCACUCGGUGUCGGCCAAGAACUUCCAGUUCAAUUUGGCAUUGAUUGUCAUCUAUGGCAAGCUUGGUGCCACUUCCAAGAUGGUCGACAAUAUCCACAAAUUGACCAUUAAAAACAUCCAAUGGGACAGCAUUGGAUACUUGGUGUACGACCAAUUGCACGGCCACGGUGACUAUGCCGAGCUCUUUAACAGCUACGAUCGUGCCACCAAGUUUUACACUGAAAAUGACAGCACACCCGAUUUUGUUGCCACAUGCUACCAACAAGAAGCGUACAGCAAGAUUUGGGAGAUCCAAAAGUUCCAAGACCGUGUCACCAACAGUUACCAACGCGCUGCCAACUCUGUCGAGCAACAACUCCUCAACCUGUUUAUCGUGCACCACCGCACUCCUCAAGCAGCCACCCUCCUCAACCAGUACCGUUCCAUCCCCGCCGACGUCUACUCGACUGCCAUCACCGAGGAAAAGAGCAACACUCUCCACUUUAACCAAGACCUCGGUGUAUUUGAUAGAUGGGACUACAACGACAAGCAAGAGACUACUCCUUCAUCUGAAAACCAACACACUGUCAUGUUGACCGCACAGUCCCACGAGGGGCGUGAAAAAAAUAGACAAGAGCUUAGCAGUCUCUUGGAUAUGCGUAGAAUCAUAUUAAAGUUGUUGGUCAACGCAAAGAUUCAUCUUCCACAAACACCUAUUACUCCUGGAGCACAAACUACCUAUGCCAAUCCAGACAUGCAACAAUAUCAACAAGAUAUUGAUCAACUCGUUAAAAUCUUAUCAGUAUUUAAGUAUACAUCAAAGAUUUCUGAUGCUCCAGCAACCAUUAAAAAUCUUGUAGAUUUUGAUCAAGCUUUAAUGUCUAGCAUUCCAUCAAUCUUUGAAUUUUAUGUAAAGAUUAGAAAUCACGCAAAAUCAAUUGAUGAACCAACAUUAAAUCAAUUUAAACAAUUUAUUAAUCAUUUUAUUCAAUUAUUAAAUGAAAUGACAAGAUAUUUCACAACAAUAGUUUCAAUUGAUGGUUAUUAUUUAAGAGCAUAUAACAAAUAUUUGGAAUUUAUGACAUGGAUGGUUUAUGUUUUGGGAGAAUCUAGUAAAAUUGUUCCACCAAAAAAACAGAAAAAGAGAGAUGAUAAUUUAUUAGAGCUUAGAAAUCAAUUUGAUCAAUUCAUCAAACAAUGUUCAACCCAUAAUCAUACCAUUGAAGCUCAUCUUUUAACAUUUAAAUUAUCAGCUUUGGAUAUUUCCAAAUCACAACCUGCUGUUGAAUACAACCUACCAUCAUGUGUUGAUACAACCACUGUUUCAACCUCUACCAAAGAAUCUAUUAACAAGGCAAUUCAACAAACUCUUGAACACUUUACUUCUCUUCAUCAAUUAUUUUUAUUUAAUUUCACUAAACCAUCAACUCCAUAA